GUCAUUUGGGUUGGGAGAAGUAACAGCAUGACACCCCCAUGCAUCUCUCUGCUGUAUUCCACUGCUUCCCAGGGAUCCACACUUAGAUAUUCUGCCUGAAUUGGUGCUGCUACCUCCCCGGAGUCACUCACAGGGGAACAAUACUAGGAAGAAACACAUCAGCAAUGGAAUAUGUGAAUUCUGCGCUCAAGAGUCAGUCCCGGGUGAAUAAGUGAGAAGUAAGUGAGAAGGUUCCUAAAAGCCUGUGCAACUCUACAAGUUGGAACAUGUUGGAAAGAUUCGGGUACAAAAGGUCUGGAGUCAGGACUGGCAGUGCAAGGGGGUUGUACUUGAUGGUUUGACUGGACGAACACUGAGAUUAUGUUUCAUGUGAAUACUGAAGGUACAGUCCAUGAUCUGCUUCAUGUUGGGAACUUUUGUUUGUCUUUAUUGCAUCCUGGUGCCGCACAGAAAGCAAUUUUGGAUUAAUAUUAGGUCAAUCACAUACAUGGAUAUGUGAGAUCUAUUCUAGAAGAAAGAGUUAAUUAACCCCCUAGCAGAGUGCCUGCGCUGGGGCCAAUAUUGGAUCAUAUGGGACUGUACAGAUACAGAGGAUUUCUGCUCUUUCCUGUUCUUCUCCAGAGGAAGCCACAGACUAAUCCCAACUUCUCUGCCUCACCUUUCAUUUCCCUGCUUGGAACUCUGCUCAACCACCACGGACAGUGAGACGUAGCCAUGGAAGGAGCUUUUCUCUGAUACCUGUUUGGAAUUUGAAAUUGGGAGAGGCGAUGGGGCUGCAGGAUGCUUUGCUGACUCUCGGCUCCAUCAUCGACAUUCCUCGUCUACGGGAAGCCAUUAAAGAUGCCAUUGCCUCUGUUCUGCCCAAAGUGGACAAUGCCUUUAUCUACCUGCUGGAUACAGAGGGACGCCUGGUCUGUGCCGACCCCCCCCACCAGCUGCCUCCGGAAGGAAAACUCAGGGACGCCGUAUUGCUACAGAAACGGAUAGAAUGCAGUGGCCUGACCCCUUCAGAGCUUUUGGGCCAACACAUGAGCAGUCUGGCAGCACCGUUACCCCCUGAUAAACAAGUGCUGAUCCUCCCAUUAAUAGACCAGGAUACAAAGAGGGUGGUGUCUGUUAUACUGUUACAUUGCAGUCAGUUAAAUGACUCUGAUGAACAGAAUCUCAGAAUCUUGGAGAAGCACACCCUGGUGACGUGCAAGCGGGUGCUGGCCAUUCAGAAACUGCAACCGUCGUCUCAAAUUCAACUGUCACCUCUGUCGCCUCGCUCCUACCAGAAUUCAUUGCCAAAACCCACGCCUGCUGCCAACAAGAACUAUGAUGAACUGGACCAGAACAUUCUCCAGCUUUGUGGAGAACUUUAUGAUCUGGACGCAGCGUCUCUACAGGUUAAAGUCAUCCACUAUUUGGAACAGCAAACUCAGUCGCCCUGCUGCUGCCUCCUGCUGGUGUCCGAGGACAGUCACCAAUUAUUCUGUCAGGUUGUCGGAGGGAAAGUGUUGGAGGAAGAAAUCAGUUUCCCACUCACAUUUGGCCAUUUGGGGCAGGUUGUGGACAAGAAGAAAUCCAUUACCCUGCAGGACAUCAGCUCGGAGGAGCACCGGCAGCUCAAUAACAUGUUGGGGUUCGAGGUUCAUUCCAUGUUGUGUGUCCCCGUCAUUAGUCGCGCCACCUCCCAAGUGGUAGCCCUGGCAUGUGCAUUCAACAAACAAGGAGGAAAGUACACGGAAGUAGAUGAGCACAAGAUCCAGCACUGUUUCUGUUACACCUCCACGGUUCUCACCAGCACACUGGCCUUCCAGAAAGAACAAAAGUUAAAGUGUGAAUGCCAGGCUCUUCUGCAAGUGGCCAAAAACCUCUUCACGCACUUGGACGACGUGUCCGUCCUUCUCCAGGAAAUCAUCACAGAGGCCAGAAAUCUCAGCAAUGCAGAAAUAUGCUCAGUGUUCCUGUUGGAGCGACAUAGUCAUGAGCUCGUAGCCAAAGUGUUUGAUGGAGGGGUCGUCGAUGAUGAGAGCUACGAGAUAAGAAUCCCAGCAGACCAGGGUAUAGCCGGCCAUGUGGCCACCACGGGCCAGAUCCUGAACAUUAAGGAUGCUUAUUCACAUCCGCUCUUCUACCGGGGGGUGGACGACAGCACAGGAUUCAGGACUCGCAACAUCUUGUGUUUCCCUAUUAAAAAUGAAAGUAACGAGGUCAUUGGAGUGUCAGAACUGGUCAAUAAAAUUAAUGGCCCAGGCUUCACUAAGUUUGAUGAGGACUUGGCUACGGCUUUCUCCAUCUAUUGUGGAAUCAGCAUUGCUCAUUCGCUGUUGUACAAGCAAGUACGAGAGGCUCAGUUCCGGAGUCACUUGGCGAAUGAAAUGAUGAUGUAUCACAUGAAGGUUUGUGAAGAUGAAACCAAGAAGCUGCAGAGCAAUGGCAUCACUCUAGUGUCUCAGAUCGACCCCGACUUCUCCAGCUUUACCUACACCCCCAGAUCCCUCCCUGAAGAUGAUACUAUAAUGUGUGUAUUAAGUAUGUGUGAAGACAUGGGCUUUGUCAACAACUACAAGAUUGAUCGCACAACUCUUAUUAGGUUUUGCCUUAUGGUGAAGAAAGGAUACAGAGACCCCCCUUACCAUAACUGGAUGCAUGCCUUCUCCGUCUCCCACUUCUGUUACCUCCUCCACAAGAACCUGGAGCUCGGGAAUUACCUGGAGUACAUUGAAAUCUUUGCAUUGUUUGUCUCCUGUUUGUGUCAUGAUUUGGAUCACAGAGGAACCAACAAUUCCUUCCAAGUCGCCUCCAAAUCAGUAUUGGCAGCUUUAUACAGCUCUGAAGGGUCUGUCAUGGAGAGACAUCAUUUUGCUCAGGCCAUCGCCAUCCUGAAUUCCCACGGCUGUAACAUCCUAGAACAUUUCUCCAGAAAGGAUUACCAGAGGAUGCUGGAUCUGAUGAGAGACAUUAUCUUGGCCACCGACCUUGCACAUCACUUACGGAUCUUCAAAGAGCUCACAAAGAUGUCCCAAGACGGGUUUGAUCCCCAAAAUAAACAUCACCACUAUCUCCUGAUCUGCCUCCUAAUGACCUCCAGUGACCUCUCCGACCAAACCAAGGGCUGGACGACCACCAGGAAGAUAGCGGAACUGAUCUACAAGGAAUUCUUCUCUCAGGGAGACCUGGAGAAAGCAAUGGGAAACAGACCGGUUGAGAUGAUGGACAGAGAGAAGGCUUACAUCCCUGAACUCCAGAUCAGCUUCAUGGAGCACAUUGCCAUGCCCAUAUACAAUUUGCUCAAGGAUCUCUUCCCGAAAUCUGCCGAGUUGUACGAGAGGGUGGCGGUCAACAGAGAAAAGUGGACACGCGUCUCUCACAAAUUUACUAUUAGGGGGUUGCCCAGCAACAACUCCCUGGACUUCUUGGAGGAGGAAUAUGACAUACAGGAGGGUUUGCUCGAUGAACUGAAUAUGAACGGUUGUGUGGAGUCUAAGGAAUCUGUUAUGGGCGACUAAUGGGUGGGACAGUGAGACCAUUUCACCCUCAUUUUCUUACACAAGUCUUUAUAGCCUCAGUGUGAAGAGCGGCCGAGUGCCCAGGUCUCGAACUUGCCUCCUGUGAGCUGCACAAAGCCACAAUGGCCUCUGGCCAAUCAGAAUGAUCCUGACUGAAGAAACUCUUCUUGCCUCAAAAAAAAUUGUUUCACGGACAGAACUUUCGGGAAUGGGACAUUUUAAUAGGUUCAGACUUUUUGUGAAUUCUCUAAACUAGGAUGGGAUUGGCUGCCCAUGAGGGACCUUGGUGGGUUGCCAGUUUGGGGAAGCAUUAAUGGUUUUUGCUACUACCCCACCCAACACGAUCAUCUACCUUCUCUAUUGUAAUCUACUACUGCCCCCCCUCCAAACUCCCCCUCCCCCACGCCAAAGCACUGAUAUAUCUUCUUCACCCCUGAGAAAGUUCUAAUGGUGGGAUUUCGGAAUCUCUUCUCCCUGUUUGGCCAAUUAACCAAAAAUGUACAGAAUGUUACUGACCCCACGUCUUGGCACCUUAUUACUGAUACCUGUGGCCCAACAGAAGCUUUCCCAUUUCCCUCUCACCUAUACUUGCUUCUCUCCUAUGCCACCUCCAUUUUUUAGGGACCCCCUCUCUGUUAUGCCAGCUGGAGAACCAAAGCACAUUUUAACUUCAUGGAAGCUAACUGAAUAUGAGGAGCGUUGGACUUGUAGAGAGUUCAGUGGAGUUGGCCACAUACAUGUUUAACUGGGCACACACUCAGCUCAGGGAUGGCGACAUACAGAUAAAACUCCCAGCAUCCUCAGAGAGGUAUUCAGUUCAUGAAAUUGUAUUUAAAUGCAAUGCAGGGGGUCACUAUUUAGCUUAUUAUGAAUGUUUGUUGCGCUUUACUGACACCUAACUUUCCUCAAAUACACCCUCUGUGUUUCACAGCUCAGGUCCAACACUUGUUCUGUUCUCCAGAGAGUGUUAUCGGACUUUCAGUUGUGAACUGCCUGAGGGCGUUAUUUAUUUAACUGUAACAGGCAGUGGUCAGCCCUAAAUUGACCAUAGUUAAACUAAACUACCCAAUGCAGGGUUCGUUUUAUGCCAUCAAUUCAAGGCAACUGUUUGUUUAGGGGUGUUAGUAUUACCCACAUUCUCAUGCCACAGGUAUUUACUGGUUGUGGGUCCCUUUAACAGACAUUUUUGGUUGGGGCGAAAAAAAAGAGCCCCUCCUCUCCCAGUUGCCAAUGAGUAGCCACUAGUUACUCUACAUAUUUUUUUGGCCAAUGUGGUAAUUUCCAUGUCAUUUGUUAAAAGAGGACACAUUCAUUGUUGAGGCAACAGAUUCAUGGAAUAUCUCCAGAUUGAAUUCUUCUGGAACAUGUGGCCCAUAAUCUAGUUGACCACUAUAUCUUUUUGUAUCUUGAACUGAACCACUGGCUGUAGCUGGAGGCCUCCACAUGGUCCUACAGAGAGGUCCACACUUGUCUAGAGAUAAGUGAAUCUUCAACGUGUGACUCUCAAAGUAUUCUCUAAAUUUAUUUUUGGCUGUUGAAGGUGUUCUGAGCCACAUACAUACACACUGUACGAUUGUAUGAAGGGCUACUUCUUAGUUAACAUUUUGGGUUGCAUUAAGAACCCCACAGUUCUCUCCCAAACUGCCCUUUCAGGCACUGCCCAUGUGUCUGUUCUUCUUGAGUAAUUAAGUACCAAGUGAGUGAGUCCAACCCAGGGGUACAGAAGUCGUAUAAAUGAAGAUCCGCACUUCUCAAGUUGGUCCUUUGACUGGUGUUUGUGUCACCGCACAUACUUAGUGAGCUGUGGUCUGUUCUAGGGGCGUUUCAGAAAAGUGGUAUAUUGGUGCACUCAAACCAUGUAGGCAUCUCUGGUGGCAUGAAUGAAUUCAUGAUCCUUUGAAUUAAAAUGCACUGCUAGGAAUAGACAUUAAACUCAAAUACAACUUCUAAUAAUAUCAACUGUAGCCUGGUAACCCCAAAAUAAUGGAACAUCAAGGGGAAAACACCCAGGGGUAUAUAUCAUUAAAAGGAGGCCUUUCUAUUUAGUUUAUGCUUGAUGGCCAUCAACAAUCUCAAUCAUGUCAACGGCAGGUCCAUACAAAGACCCAGUGAACACGUGGGCCAACGUUUGAGGAGUAGAGUGGACUUCUGGGUUUCUGGGCUGGUACAAUAAGCCCCUUGGGUAAUUUCUAGCCAAAUUCUUUAGGGGUUUUAGUUUCUCAUUGCAUUUCGUCAUGGCCAUGAAGAAGACAGAAGAAGGGAGGUCUUUCUUGCCACAAGCAGAGGCACGUUGCUGUAGGCUGAACAUUGUUGGUUCAGAGGAAGGCUUGUUUCAACCUACAGCAUUGUGGCCUCUCCUUGUGCCUGGCUUUAGUCCUGUGAAUGCUACUAAAUUCUGUAACUGGAGGAACCGCUGCAAAGUUAUGUAAUGACUUAUUUUUAUACUGAUAUAAAAGCUGCUGAGCUCUGGGGCGUUGGAACAGAAAUAUUUAUUGUAAAUAGUGAUAUUAUUGUCAAUGACUGAUGUAUCAAUGCCAAACCUCUCACACUGACAGAUUAGCAGGCCUGUGACAUCUCUAGGGUUAUUGGAGUUUCCAAGUGAUUUUGGGCUGACAAGCACCAAGACUCAAGAUGUCAACUGGAGGCAGCGGUGCCGGAUGAUGAACACAGUCCAUGUGUUAUAACCCUUCUAGUCUGUAGGAUCAGUUCCCCCUACAGUACUUAAAGUUAAGCCAACCCACCAGUUUUGUAACCAAUGUCUUAGUGGCUGUACCAUUCUCUACUGUCUACGAGGGCUGCAGCAAAUGGACUUCACCAAGAGAGAGAGGCACAGAAGCUCAAUUAGGAUAGAAUGGCUAACUACUCUACUAGAUACUUCUGGAAGCCCAUCUUGAAGGUCAGAGUUAGACUUAUAGUGAACAUUUUUGCUGUGUCCACGUGUUUGUAGCCUAGUUGUGAGCUAAGCCUUGAACUGAAACCAACUGAACUAGAGGUUUAGGCUACGGUACCAAUUGGAGACCACUGAAAUCAUUGCAGAAACACAGAGAUCUUACAGUAGACAAGUUGAUAAAUAUCCAGUCUUCUGCUGGACCAAACCCAGGUACUGCAGAGACAGAACAUGAACAAUGACCCUGUGGUGUCCCAGUCCAACAUAAACAAAUUCUCCUUUUUGCUCCUGUUUUACAUUAAAAACAAGAGGCAAGUAAUGCCAUGAUAACUGUGUGAACCCUUUCCCAGUGCAAUUAUAAACACAAUGGGGGGUGCCAUAGCCAAUUCUACCCAUUUGUUUUUGUUUUCUGCUCUCAGUGAAAGGACAAAUGAAGCAAUUGCACAAAGAGAAGUUGGAAGGGAGUGACGUUUGAGUCUAUAUGUGCCUGUGUUCUUUAGCACUCUGUUGUUCCAUAUGUACAGUCUUUCUACCACUGAUAUAUCUAUAUAAAGAUACCAAAUGUU